UGACAGAUUGAAGUAAAUGCGGAAGUUUGGUUGAAGUCUGUUCAGAGAAACAAAGCAAGAAGUGACGUUUAACGUCGCAACUGGAAACUUAGCUUUUCUGGGAACUGGAAGAAACCUGAACGCUCCAUCAUGGCCACGGGGGAAGUUUACAGCCUGACCACGACGCCGAACCCCAAAUCCUCCUGGUUCAUCGUCCCAUCUGAGAAUCUGAGUAAACUUCGUUUCGCCAUCAAAGUCACUGAAGUGCUGCUGUCCUUCGUGGCCUUCGUCCUGGAGGAGGCGGUCCACAGCUGCGUCAGCUGCACUGCGCUCUACUUCUUUGAGUUUGUCAGCUGCACCGCCUUCCUCUUCACCCUGCUGCUCCUCGUCCUCCUCACCACCACCCUGCACACCAGGGUGGGCAUCACCUGCUGGCCCAAACUGGACUUUUUGUACACCGGUGGCAUCGCUCUGUUGUUCCUCAUCGCCUCCAUCGUUUUCGCUUCAGACAACGGCGGCACGUCUUUGGAGAGCAUUGCUACGGCGUUUGGCUUCUUUGCAUCGAUCCUGUUUUUCGUCGACCUCGGCGUGUUUGUGAUGACCGGCGGGUUUCCCUUCAGAAAAGACGGGAAGCAGGAGGCCACUAACGGCGGCCCGGUGGCGGCGGCGGCGGCUCCUCCAGAGAUGGAGAAACUCAACGUGCCGGUCAACGGAGCAGAAUAAGUCUGUUUUCAUGUUGAUGCUCACGGAUCAGAGUUUAUUUUACGCACUUUUCCUUUAACGUGAUGAAAGGAGGCGGAGCUUCAGCGACCAGCGGCUGACAUGAUGUCCAUUUUUAAAGUAAUUUAAAAUCCCUUUUCAGUGUCAUUUCUGAGGACGCUCUGAGCUGCCAUCAUCAGUAUAAUCAAUCCUCCAAUAGCCAGUCACUCAGAGUGCAGAGCGUCCAUCAGUGAGACACUUUAAUAGAAGCAGGUGUGUCGCUGUGAUUCUACACAAACAGCAUGUUUCUCACCUUUUAUUGAACAUUUAAAACAAUAUUUUUGCAGGAAGAACAGACACAGAAUCACAACAUUCUGCUGUAAAGUGUAUUUUUAAGAUUUUAAUCAAUGCAGUGAAUUAUUAUCAUCUGUCAUUGCAUUGUUUUUAACUGAUGAAAUCUAUUGAGAAAGAUUUGUCUAGUUUGACUAAAAUAAAAUGCUGCGUCCAGAAAUUCCAAUAAUUGACUGAAAAGGUUAAAAGAUUUUUUUAGAUGUCAGUGGUUCUUGUCAUGUCCAAGACAAAUCUGAGGUCUCGGACAUGAUUCCAGGGAGAAUUUCUAUUUUUUUUAAAUAUUUCACACUUUUACGUCCUCAGGUCACAAAAGUAUAUUUUAAAUUAGACAAUCAGACAAAGAAAAUUCACUGUGGUGAAGGCAGUCAUACUGAACAAGGGCUUUCCUGGAACAUUGUUUUUUCUUUGCUCUGUUGAGGCCCUGAACGCCUCAUGAAAGCUCACAUUUAGACCCAGAAGAUGUUUCAGUUUGUGCUGAAAUGACAGAACUCUUAAUAAUGGAUGUGGCUGUUUCUAAACAUCUAAAUAAAAGAAAACUCUACGUCAGCGGCCUCAAACAGAAGCAAUAAGUUUUCUUUGAGUAGAUUUCUGGGUAUUUGUCGUCAAUAUCAAGUCGACAUAAUCUGUUUUAUUUCGGAUCAUUUCUUAUUAUUUCAAUAAAAAGUGUCAUGUUUUGUCCAGCAGAUGGAGCUAAGUCACUUUUCUCUCCUCUGGACCGGUGAGGAGGUUUUUUUUUCUGCUGCUGUUCAGAUCAAGUUACUGUUAAAACGAGCAUCAGAUUAUUAUUCUGAAUUCCCUGAAACUGUUUCAACAGCUGACGGAAAUAAAACCCUCACAUUCACUGUGUUUGCACACAGACAGCAGGAAGAGAUUAUAUGAAACUUCACGUUAGAAAAUCAGUUUCAGACACCAAACACACAUUGGCAAAACUUUCCCAUGAACCUUUGCCAAAAGCCCCUUGUUCAGCACGAUGAGCUGACAAACAUGGCUGCCAGCGUCCCACCUGAGAGUCCAGCAGCUUCUCUCAUUGACCUCUGAGCUCCCCGUCAGGAUAUUUGGUUUGUCUUUGUGGGACCUUUAUGUUAGAGACAGGCCUUUGUUUCUUCUUUCUUCUGUUUCAUAAGCGUGUAUCUGAGGCUGAAAUGUAUGUUUUUGAUAUCGUUUUAUAUUCUUCAACUUGCUAAUUUUAGUGUCGUUGUUUUGAGUCGUCAUCGUCCGUUCGAUCCAAACACUCGGUUUGAGUUCAUUUUAAAGGUCUGCAGCCAAACUCUGCUUCCUGUUCUGCCGAUUUUAACACUCGUCUUAAUCACUUUGUAUUUAUUAAAUUCAAUAUUUUAUGAAGGAAAUUCAGUUUAAAAGGUCUGAAUGUGAAUGAUUUUACGAGGAUCAGCCGUUAAUUUUCCUGUCUGGAUUGUUUUCUUUAAAUUUUGUCUGAUUGGAAUUUUUACUGUUAUUGCCAGCAAUCAUUGUUGAGUUAAUUAGUGACCAGAAUAUAUGAUUUGUUAAAAAGGCCCCCAGUCCCUCCCACAGCAGGACCUCCUCUCUGACCCAGUUGUUUUGCGUCUGUUUGUGCUCAUUGUGUUUCCUCUUGUGGUUGUUUUGGGUCUCUUUGUAGUGACUUCGUGCCCUUUCAGCACUCCGUCCAUGCAUGGAGUUCAGGGAUCAAGACAAGAUGAUCAUGUUUGGGUGAAAUAUUUCUUUAAUAUUUUGGAUGUGUGGCCUCUGAACACAGAGAGUGGCUUUAUCCUUCAGUCACGUUCAGUUUUCAGGUUCGUCCAUACGUACACAUCCGACACGAUGACACUAUAUCUCAUUAACACCUUCGUGGAAUUGCUUCAAAUUUGGCGCAAAUGUUCAUUUGGACUCCAGGAUGAACUGAUUUUGGUGGUCAAAGGUCACUGUGACCACACAAAACUUAUUUUUGACCAGAACUCAAAAAUCCAGACACUAAUUCUGACAAAAUAUCCCACAAAUGUCUCAUAGAAUAAAACUGUGACGUGAGGUCAAAGGUCAGCUUCACUGUGACAUCAUCAUGUUGUGCAGAAACUCUUUUCCGUCCAUCAUUCAGCAGCAUCGAUCAGGACGGUGAUCAUGUCUCACAUCUGCUCAGAUCCUGAAUCAGUGGCUCUGAUCUUGAACCUGAGCUGAUUGUUUGGAUCUUCUGAGCUGCAGGUUCAACGUGUGUGAAGCCUCCACGUUUCAGUCUGCAGCUUCUCUGCAGCAGCGGCCAUAUCUGAAGCAUCGUCGUCCCCGCGAGCUGAUUGGUUGUGCUGAUGUUGAUCUUCAGCUGAUUGUCCAUCAGUCCUCUGUCCUCCUCUGGACAAACAGUCUCUAAGUGAGGACAGCGUGUGUCUCUCUGGACAUUAUUCACUGGAAUCAAACAUGUUAAUACAGAGAGAAGUUCAGUUUCAGCAAAUACACUCAGUACCUUUUAUUAAACUCUUUAAAAGACUUCUAUGAGUCUGUAAUCUAACCUGACUGCUUGGAGGAGGCAAACAACCGCGAGGCUGUGAUUCUGGUUCUAAGAUUGUUUUUGCUCAUAUUUAGAUUUUUAUGCCCAGAAGAUGAAGCGGACUGCAAGUUAAAACAAAUAUAACUAAACAUUUGUUCUGAGCAAAUCAAAAUCACGAGAUGUAGAACUGUGACGUAAUUCUACGAUGUCGAGUCAGAACUUUGACACACUGGUGUGCACAUUUGUUGUGGGCGUCCAUACAGGGACCAGGGGCCUGGGACCUGGGACCUGGGGCCUGGGACCAGGGGCCUGGGACCUGGGACCUGGGACCUGGGACCUGGGACCAGGGACCAGGGACCUGGGACCUGGUUCUUCAAAUAAUGUGAAAACCUAAAACAUCACAAUGAUUUUAUUCAGGGUCCAAGCACCUGAUGAUGGACGAGGAAAUCUGAGGUUUUCAACUUUGAUACAAAGACACAAUGUAUGAAUAAAUAAUCAUCAGAUACACUGGAAAACUUCAGAAAAUAGGAAAUAUUUCUUGUCAGACAAUCCAGAAAUCUGUUUAUACAUCAACAUGAUUGACUUUCAUUUUCAGGGCCAAGUUUGUUUUUGGAUGUUUUUUCUCCAGGAUACUUCUCCGUUCUCUGUCUGUAAAAUAAAUUAGUUUUCUAUCUAUACACGUGUAACACAGAACACACUGUAUGUGGGUACAGUUAAGACUUCACUUUGUCUCAUAGAAGUGCUGUAAUUUCAUAUCUGAUGGGAUCAUUGUAUUAUUCUGUCAUUUAAUAAACAGGUUUUCAAGA